GUAAAACAAAAGCUAACUCUGACAAACUGUUGCGCCAUUCACUUGUUAUUUAGCAAAUACUACUUUAUCUCUCGGUUCGCAACGGGGCCAUACACAAGGGAGACAACAUGAUGAAGUAUCUAGUUCUGUUGGCCCUCCUGGGGCUGAGUCAGUCUUACCACAACCCCCACAACAAGCAUGGCAGGCAGGCCAUCGUCCACCUGUUUGAGUGGAAGUGGAGCGACAUCGCGGCUGAGUGUGAGAGGUUCCUGGCUCCCAAAGGAUACGCUGGGGUUCAGAUCUCCCCUCCUCAAGAGAGCAUUUUGUUGACCAGCCCGUGGAGACCUUGGUGGGAGCGGUACCAGCCAAUCAGCUACAACCUGUGUUCCCGAUCAGGAAAUGAGAAUGAGCUCAGAGACAUGAUUACCAGAUGCAACAACGUUGGGGUUAACAUCUACGUUGAUGCCAUCAUCAACCACAUGUGUGGAGCCGGAGGCGGAGAGGGAACCCACUCUACCUGUGGAACCUACUUCAGCGCCGACAGGAAGGACUUCCCCUCCAUCCCCUACAGUAGCUUUGAUUUCAACGAAGGCAAGUGCAGAACCGGCAGCGGAGACAUCGAGAACUACAAUGACAUCUACCAGGUGCGUGAUUGUAAUCUGGUGAGUCUGCUGGAUCUUGCCCUGGAGAAGGACUACGUCAGAGGAAAGGUGGCCGACUUCAUGAACAAGCUGAUCGACAUGGGAGUGGCUGGGUUCAGAGUGGACGCCUGUAAACACAUGUGGCCCGGCGACCUUAAUGCCAUCUACGGACGUCUCCACAACCUCAACACCCGCUGGUUCAACGAGGGAUCCAGACCCUUCAUGUUCCAGGAGGUUAUCGACAUGGGUGGUGAGGCCAUCAAGUCCUCGGAGUACUUCCACCUGGGCAGAGUCACUGAGUUCAAAUAUGGAGCCAAAAUUGGAGGCAUCUUCCGCAAGUGGAACGGCGAAAAGCUGUCUUACACCAAGAACUGGGGUGAGGGCUGGGGCUUCAUGCCCGACGGCAACGCUCUUGUGUUUAUUGAUAACCAUGACAACCAGAGAGGUCAUGGAGGAGGUGGAAACGCCAUAGUCACCUUUUGGGAUGCCAGGAUUUACAAGAUGGCCGUUGCCUACAUGCUUGCCCAUCCCUAUGGGGUGGCCCGUGUGAUGUCCUCCUUCCGCUGGAACCGUACUGAUGACUGGCAGGGCCCUCCCAGCCACGAAGAUGGAUCCACCAAGGACGUCCCCAUCAACGCUGACAGCACCUGUGGAGACGGAUGGGUGUGUGAGCACAGGUGGCGCCAGAUCACGAACAUGGCUACCUUCCGUAACGUGGUAAACGGACAGCCCCAUUCCAACUGGUGGGAUAACGGCAACAACCAGGUGGCCUUUGGACGCGGCAACCGCGGCUUCAUCGUCUUCAACAACGACGACUGGCAACUGGACGUGACUCUGAACACUGGCAUGCCCGGCGGCGUCUACUGUGAUGUCAUUUCCGGCCAGAAGGACGGAGGGCGCUGCACGGGGAAGACCAUCAACGUCGAGGCCGAUGGUGGCGCCCACUUCAAGAUCAGCAACACCGACGAGGACCCCAUGGUGGCCAUCCAUGCCGACUCCAAGCUGUAAACAAACAAUAUAAGCACAAACAAACAAUAAAAUUUACCAGUACUGCAAACUGAA